AUGGCCGCGGCGACGAGCGGAGAAUGCUUUGGCCUCUACAAGGCGCUCUAUGCGUAUGAAUCCCAGGGUGACGACGAAGUGACGAUGCAAGAGGACCAGCUUGUUCUCUUGCUGGACAAGUCGGACGAUGACUGGUCAAAAGUGCGCCUCAAGCAGCCCUCGCAGCAGGACCUCGAAGGCCCAGAAGGCCUUGUCCCGGCUGCGUACAUUGAAAAGGCAACCCCGCUUGGGACCGUCAAGGCUCAGUAUGAUUAUGAUGCAAGUGCUCCGGGUGAACUAAGUAUUGUCGACGGCGAAACUCUUCAAGUCUUUGAGCGAGACGAGGACUGGAUCUUGGUCGAAUCCCAACUGAAGGGCGGUAAAUGCAAGGUCGGGUAUGUUCCCGCCAACUAUGUGGAAGAUACCGACGGGACGGAAGAGUCGUCCAGUGCUCCUGCUGUACCUUCGGCGUCUGCAAUUGUCAUCCCCGACUCGCCACCACGCCCUUCGUUCAAGACUCCUGAGGAGUUGACACACGACAGGGCUGCUUCUCUGGACAAGACGAAGAAUGACCCCGUCGAGACUUGGCCUCUUUCUAUGAUUGAUAAGAAGGGAAAGAAGAAAAAGGGUACUCUCGGCGUUGGCAACGGCACCCUCUUCUUUGCGAGCGAGAGCGACAAAACACCCGUUCAGCAAUGGAAAGCCUCCGACGUCAAUGAUGUCUCAUUGGAUCACAAAGCUAAACAAAUCGACGUCGAACUCUCUUCUGGAGAGUCUCUAAAGUUUAUCUGCAAAGACUCUGCGGAUGCUGUCUACAAAAAGAUUGAAAGCAGCCGCUCUCUCGCCAAUGGCUUGUCAGCCAGCCAUAUGGAUAACGAACGUAUGUCGAUUGACAGUCGUGUCAUCACGAGCCCCUAUGCACCAAGGGCAGUGGAUGCCGUGUCUGCUCCCAAAUCUGUUCACUUUGCACCAAGCACCUCGGAAAUUCCGCCCAGACCGGACACACCAUCUGACGAAGGUCCCGAGGUCAACGGAAAUGCCGACCCCGACGCUGACGCAGAAGGAGAGACUGCUGUCGCAUUGUACGACUUUACAGGUGAUGCGAGUGAUGAACUCUCGAUCAAGGAAGGGGAGACAUUGGUCGUUCUCGAUAGAACAAAUGACGACUGGUGGAAGUGUCGUAACCACACUGGACAAGAGGGUGUCGUCCCAGCUCAAUACGUCGACCUCGAGAUUGCGGAGCAGCCACAGGAGACACCCACUCAGGCGCCACAUGCGGUUGCUGCUGCGAGUGCCGCUGCGGCAGCCGCCGCGCGAGUCAAGCCUCCUUCACCCGAGUCAAGCGACCAUGAAGAUUCGGAAGAUGAGCGCGUGAGAGAACGCGAACGUGAGGAAAAGGAGCGCAAAGAGCAAGAACGUCGCGAGCGAGAGGAACGGCGAAAGCAACAGGAACGAGAGGCCCAGUUGGCUGCCGAGCGUGAAGCGAAAGAGGCGGAGCGGGUACGAAUUGCUGAGGAGCGGAAGCGAGCACAGGAGAAGAAGGAUCGUGCUGCUAAACAGGCAAGGUUACAGAAGCAAGAAAAGGAGGCACAGAGAAACAAGAGCAACAGCAAACGGUCUAUGGAUUCGAGCGAUGCUGCAUCAAUAGAUGAUGAUGAUCCAGCAGCGCAGGCACGGCGUUUGGCCUUGCAGAAGCAAAUUGAAAAGGACAUGGAACGACAAGGCCAAGGGCGGGCUACCAAUCCGUUGACACCUCGCCAUGGACCCCCACCUACUGGCAAGACGCGUGUCUGGCAUGAUCGUACUGGCCAGUUCCGUGUCGAGGCCGAAUUCAAGGGCUACGAGAAUGGCAAGAUUAGACUUCACAAGCUUAAUGGAGUCACGAUCGAAGUUCCAUCGUCGAAGAUGUCUGAAGAGGAUAUGCGCUAUAUUGCAAGAAUAACUGGAAAGGAUACGGGUGCCCACGUAUCCAAGUCGUCGUCACAGGACCCGGACAACGUCCCACUUGCCACGCUGGCUCGCCAACAGGCCUCUGCCCCUGCAACUCCGUCGGCCCCGAGAUCUUCGACUUCAAAGCCGCCUGGCUCCUCUAGCAAUGUCGACUGGUUCAAAUUCUUCCUGGAAGCUGGUUGUGAUAUGGACGAUUGCACGCGCUAUGCGCAGGCAUUCGAACGUGACAAGAUUGACGAGACAAUUCUGCCAGACAUGAAGAGCGAGACACUGCGUGCACUUGGAUUCCGCGAGGGCGACAUUAUUCGCGUCGUCAAGGCUAUCGAGAAGAAGACUUGGAAGUCUGCGAUCGACGCUAACAAUCCUCGCAUUCGAGCACAGAUUGAAGCCGACGAGAGGUAUGCCCAGGAGGUACAACAGGCUAUCCUCAUGGGCAAGACACCACCACCUCCCCCCGGCCCAAUCCCAUCUCGUGCCCCUGUCAAUCCAGCUCCUCACAUUUUCUCGGAGAAGAACGGUGUGCUGAAGAACAAUACGCGACGUGGAAGGCCGACUCCUUCCAAUUCUCGUACGAUGGCGCUCUCUGUCGACGAAGAGGCGCUAGCUUCAGCCUCGUCGCAGUUGGGUUCUCCGCUUACACCGACUACUGCCAACCGCACUCCCUCGCCAAAUCUCAUUGAUGCUGGAGCAACAAGCACCACUGCCGCUGCUGCCUCGACAUCCAAUGCAAAGGCCGGAUUUGAAGACAACGCAUGGGAGAUCAGACCAAGUUCGGCGAAGCCCACAUCGCCGAGUGUUGCAAUCACCCCUCCUAUUGCGUCGGCAUCGGCUCCUCCUGCACCAGCUCCCCCAGCACCUCCAGCGCCCGUACAGCCCGCAGCGCCAGCAGCGACUUCGGCACAACUAGCACCUCCGGCCUCUCAAUCUGCCGGCGUCCCCAACAAGAAGAUUGAGAAGCUGAGACAACCGAGGCCACCCUCUGCCCCGGUCACUGGGCUGCAAGCCCCCGCUCCACCACCCGCUCCAUCGCCUUCGCUGACAUCGGUACCUCCUGUGCCAUCUCUUGCGACAUUGCAAGCUCAGCCAACUGGCUUCUUAGCUGGGGGUGCACUUAAUCCCAACGGUGUGAGAGGGCCAUUUGCUCCAGUGCCGGGAAAUGAAGGUGUACUCCUGAAGCCACUAAUCCCAACAAAUACGGGAAUGAUUGGCUUUGUCCCCACGCGGCCUGCGAGCAGCCCGAUUCCACCCCGGCCCAUGCUCGCACAGGCGACUGGAUUCCAACCACAGCCAACAGGCAUUCAGGCCAUCAAUCCGUUCCAGCCGCAGCCAACUGGAUUCCAACCACAGCCAACAGGAUUCCAGCCACAGGCGACAGCCUUCCAACCACAAAUGACGGGUUUCCAGCCCCAGCCCAGUCUCUUCGCUCAGCCAACGGGUAUAGCUGGCGGAUUGUCUCCAUUGAUGACACAGCAGAGUGGUAUACCUCUAGGAAUGAGGACUACGCCGUCCCCGAUUCCGCCGGUACCAGCCAUUCCUUCACAGUUCAGCCCUGCUGCACCGUCGUUGUUUAACCAGCCGUCAUUCAACCAAACCCCAAUUACGACGCAACCAUUGAGCUCUCUGAACUUGGGCCCACCAUCCGCCUCGCCUCCCCCAGCAAACCACACUCCAGCAAACGUAUUUGCCUCAAUGAAGUCUGGCACUUUUGGUGGCAGCGAACAUGCUGCUCCUGCAGCUCCCAAUUACGACGCCAUGCGAGCAAACCCAGGAAUGAGUCCUAUGGCACCUCAACCAACAGGCUGGAUUCCAGGAAUGCAACAGCCAAACUUUCAAUAUCGAUGA